AUGUGUCGUGCCUGGCGAACAACGACUGUCUUUAAAGCGCUGCCUCUCUGGAGAUUGUACUCCGCCAAGACUGGGAGCUUGGAACCCGAAUACGCCGCGGCGAGGGAGUGGUACAGUAAACUCACCACGUUACAGUCCCUGCGCAAUGUCGGAGAAGUGACUUACGCCCGGUCCAGCGGUCCUGGCGGCCAGAAUGUCAACAAAGUCAACUCAAAAGCCCAGCUGCGCAUCCCCAUCGACAGUCUUCUCCCUCUAAUCCCUGUCGUUCUGCAUCAAGGCGUCUUGUCCUCUCGGUAUUAUGCUGAGAAGUCGUCGACCUUAAUUAUCCAAGCAGAUGAGAGUCGAAAGGCACAAGCAAAUAAAGACGCCUGCUUCCGGAAGCUCAACGAACUGAUAUUGGAUGUGUACAAGCACACCGUCCCGGGGGAGACAACGGACGAACAGAAGGAAAAGGUGAAAAGGCUCCAAAAGUCAGAAGAUGAGGCCAGAUUGAAGAGGAAGAAACUGCAAUCGAGCAAAAAACAGUCAAGGUCAAAAGGAGAUAUGGAUUGA